AUGGUAUUGCAAAAGGGUGUGGUUCGUGUGGUUAAGAAGGUCAUCGAGAGCUCUGAGUUUUCCAAAUGGGUUCUGGAUGUUCGAGAGGCUUGUGAAGCCCUUGGGUUUGAGAAGAGGAGGCUAUUGAGUGGUUGCUCCGCAUCUUCUGGUAAAUCUGAAGUUUCGGAUCCUGAUCAAGUAGCGAGCAGGGCCAAGGAGGUAAACACUGCCCUUACAUCUUUUGCUGAGACAGAUUUUGUUGGCCUCUUCCGUUUAGGGGAGUUAGGUUAUGAUGGCUUCCGUCAGUUUUGUGGCAAGGUUAGCGUAGGAUGUUCUUCCUCGGACUCCAAGGGCUGA